UGCCGGACUCGUCAUAGCGUUCUUUUUUUAUUCACACAUUGUCAUGCAUUGUGUAGUUUCUGGCCUUGCUAUUUCCUGGCAUGCGUAGGUGAAGCAUGGCUUAGAUAAAUCGCCGUAUGCCGGCACGAGUAACAGCCUUCUAAUCUCGCGAAAUGAAUGCCGAAUGCUGCAACUUGUUGGUGCAUCGGUCGGCCUCAACAUGCCUUCCGUCAUGGCUGAUCUUAUGACGCUCAUCCAGCACGAAAUUCCCGAUGGACGGCAAAACAUCCAUGACAGCCACACCAAUCUUGAAAAGGUUGCGGAGUACUGCGAGGCCAACUACUUUCAGUCUGAGAACAAGCAUGCAGCACUGGAGGAGACAAAGAAAUUUGCAACACAGUCUCUGGCCAGCGUUGCCUACCAGAUCAACACACUGGCAUACAACCUGUUGCACUUGCUGGACCUACAGACAGCUCAGCUCUCUGAGAUGGAAUCUCACAUCAACCACAUAGGCCAAACGGUAAUGAUCCACAAGGAGAAAGUGGCCCGGCGGGAGAUUGGCGUACUGACGGCCAACAAGAGCACGCUUCGUCAGCACAAGAUCCUGGCCCCAGCCAGUCAAGAGCGUCCUGUCAAGUACAUUCGCCGCCCCAUCGAUUACACAGUGCUGGAUGAGGUUGGACACGGGCUGCGCACGUCCUCAGCGGGGAAUGGCGGUGCAAACAAAGCUCGUCGCAUCCCAUCUUCUCAGGCACUGAUGAAUGCCGGACCAGCGCCAACAACAAAGCCACCGACACCGCCUCAAGCAAACCGAGGGGUCACCGUGGGGUCUCUGACACGUGGCUCUCGAGAGUACCGCACACCUGCACCACCGAUUGCCCCACCACAGGUGCCUAGCAACUACGCCGCCAACUACCCCCUCGGCCAUCCUCGGAGAGAGGACAUUUGUGCUGCACUCAUUGAAGUCCCGUCCAUUCCCGAAUGUUCACUGGCUCUUCCAGGGAGUGGCUACUCCACGCUGCCAGCACACGGCCAUCAUGGGUCCAGCCACCCGAGUUCAUUGCCGCCAUCCCAGAUGACACCUCCUCCAGCACUGGCCAGUCAGCCUCAAGUGGGUAUGGUGCACCCAAUGAGUCAGCAUACCAUGGGCCACCACCACCACUCAAUGCCCCACCACACCUUGAACCACCCAAGUCACAUGGGACAGCAACAGCAGCCGUCAGGUGUUGCACAGAACCCGGCAAUGCAAGCUGGUGUUGCCCAGAACUCAAUGGUGGCCAUAGCACCAGGGAGUGUCGUUCACCCUAUGACCCAGAAUCCAGUGGCACCAGGUGCAAUGUCGGUAGGUGCCAUGGGCCACCAAAUGCCCAAGGUGCCAACAUCCAUGGUUCCAAGCUCAAUGCUACAGAGUCAGCACUAUGGUAGCAUGGCCCCUGCUCACCAGCCGCCACCACCAAGCGACCCCAUGACCUCGAGCCUCACAGACAGGCUUCCGGAGCCUCCUCCACCACACAUAAUGACUGGAGGCAUUGUACCUACUGCAGAGUAUGAACGGCACGGGAAUGUGUCACCUCCGCUCCCCCCUCCACCACCUCCCGAGCCCCUGUACCCUGGUAAUUACGUUCCGCCUUCCCCACCAGCCUACGGGCACCAGCGGCCGGACGCCCAGCGGGACUCUGUACCCAAGACCUACCUGGAGAAAGUGGUUGCUAUAUACGACUACGAAGCUGACAAGGACGAUGAGCUUUCCUUUUCUGAGAACUCUGUAAUCUACGUUAUCAAGAAGAAUGACGACGGCUGGUAUGAAGGCGUCAUGAAUGGUGUGACAGGCCUGUUUCCAGGAAAUUACGUGGAACCUUGCAUGUGAACAAGUGCAGCGGGUCAAUGUGCCACCAGAAUUUGUCACCUUUCUGUGCAGGCUUGGACAGCUUUAUGCAACUGCUUGUUCCUGCAAUCCAGGAUGAACUUUAAUUUCAGUGUGCUGUAUUUAGUCUCGAGAAACUCUUCCAUUUUCUGUUCAUCGACCAGCUGUAACAUACUGAAUUUGGUCACUCCAAUGGUAUGAGACAUCUCACGGUUAAGGCACAACUGGAUGUUUAAAAAAUUUUAUUUAGUUGAAUUGCAUAUGCUUUCCUUGUCUGAAAAUGAGUUAUUGGUAAUUUAUGAACAAACAUGUCUAAUGGAUUUUAUGUACAUACUAAGUUAUCAAUUACAAUUUAUCCUCUGCAAUGAAUUACUCUUUUUUCCCCCUUGGUUGCCUGGAGAGCACAAUCCUCAGGAAGUGUUUGGUCCAUUAAUCUGGAUGCAUAAUGGUGAUUGUUUGGUAUCAUUUUUGUUAUCUCCCACUUCGGUUAGUGCUAAUUAAUUCACAAAUGAACAGUUCGUAGAAUUGAACACUAAUGAACUGUUCCAAGUGCCAAGUUGCGACCGUCAGUUGUUUUUACAAAGUAGCCAAAUGAAAUGUAUUCGUUUAUGGUAUUGCACAUAUUGUGCAGUUUUCUGGUUUUUGUUGUAUGCUUUUACGGGGAGCACAACAUGCACUGCAAGCUUAUGUGGACUUUGGCCAUUUUUAUUAAAUGCAAGCCAUUUAACUGUAGUCGUAAACCUGUGCUUGCUGACUAGGCUGUAACCCAGUACAUAAGUUUAUUGAAGAGUUUUAGCAGCAUUCCAUUUUUGUCUGCCUGUUUUGGAAAAUUUUAGUAUUGCUUAUUUGCAGUGUGCUUUCACCAUUGCCAUAUUUAAGCAAGAAAUCAAAUUUCUAAUCCUUCUGAUUGUUCUGUGAGAGUUGGGAACAAAUUAUUUGUGUGAGUAACAAAGGAAGGAAAGGGUUGCAAGAGUCUGGCUCCUACAGCUGGAUAUUUAUUGCACUUGCUUAACCCGAUGCAAAUGUAGUGUUCUAUUUCUCUGUUACUACAAUAAAAUUGUUUUUUCUUUGUAA